AGCCGUGUCGGCUCAAGCGUUUUGAGGCUCCGCCUUGCUUUUUCGCGUCAUCACCCACCGCAGAGGACGCCGCGAACGCGGAGAUGGGUGCAUGUGUCUGCGUCGGCCAGGCACGCCCCGUGGAGCGGGUGGACCCGGAGGCCACGUCCGUUGAGGAGCACCGCAGGAUCAACAUCAAGCAGUUUUACGACAUCGGGGAUCGGAUCGGCCAAGGAUCGUAUGGUGCAGUGUACCGCGCGACGCAGCGGGCUUCUGGGAAGUAUUGCGCCGUGAAGUGCAUCAAGGCCCGUCUCCGCACCGAGGCCCGGCGUUGCAGUCAAGAGGUUGCAAUCAUGAGGUCGGUCGACCAUCCCAAUGUCGUGAAGUUGUUGGAGUCGUUCCAGGAUGGCAGAUGCACGUAUUUGGUGGUGGAGUUGUGCAGGGGUGGGCAUGUGCUGUCACGCUCGAUGACCAAGGGCAGGCCCUUUUCGGAGCGGAAAGCGGCCGUGGUGCUCCAGCAGAUCUUGCGAGGCACGCUGUAUCUGCACUCGCGAUCGAUUGCUCACAGGGACCUGAAGCCAGAUAACCUGCUCUUCUCGAGCGACGCGCCCGUGCCCGACAACACGGUGAAGAUCAUCGACUUCGGCCUCGCUCGCCAGUUUGCUGCCGGGGAAGUGCUCAUGACGACAGUGGGGUCGCCCGCCUACGUGGCACCCGAAGUGCUGCGCGGGAAGGGCUACGACUCGCAGUGCGACAUCUGGAGUCUGGGGGUAACGGCCUACUUGCUCGCGUGUGGGCAGCUGCCCUUCAGCGGCAAAACCCAGCAGGACGUGCUCGACAGAGUUGCGGAGGGGCGCCCUGCGUUCCGGCCCCUGCACUGGAGGCGCGUCUCCGCGCGGGCCAGGCUGUUCGUGUCGGGCCUGCUCUGCAGCGACCCCCGGGCGCGGCCGGCGGCGGCGCAGGCCCUCGCCGACGCGUGGCUGGCGCCCGAGGCCGGCGAGGAGGCCGCCGGCAUGCCCCGAGACCUCCUCGAGAACCUGCGGAGGUUCAAGUCGCAGAGCGUGGUCUCGAAGGCGGCGCUCCACAUCGUCGCGGGCCUGCUCGACGACGCCGAGGUCUGCGCCCUCCGCAGCGCCUUCGUGGCGCUGGAUGCCGACGGAGACGGGCGGCUGUCGCCGUGGGAGCUGCGGGAGGGGCUCCGACUUCGCGGCCUGAGCGUCUCGGAGCAGGAGCUGCAGGAGAUCCUGGAGGGCAUGGACGUGAACGGCAACGGCGCCGUCGAGUACACGGAGUUCUUGGCCGCCGCCGUCGACAGGAGCAAGUACCAGGGCGAGGGGCUGUGCCGGUACGCCUUCGAGGUCCUGGACUGGGACGGCGACGGGCAGAUCUCCCCCCAGGAUAUGAGGCGCGCCCUGCGCCACAGGAGCCUGUCCGGCGCCCUCGGCGCAGAGUUCCAGGCCACCACCGAGUCGCUGCCUGGCGACGGGGACUGCAGGAAAAAGCACGAUCUCCAGCCGCCGCAGCAGCAUGAGCCUCAGCGAUUUCACGGAGAUCAUGUGCAGGUGAUCGUCCUGCACUCUUGGCCGCGGUGGGUUGGCCCGUAGGUCCUGGUUGCAUGUGCCCCGCCCGCCAGGCCGGCGGCGCGUGCUGUCCGUUUCACCGCAGCGGGGGUGCCCGCAACGAUUACGCAGGUACCUUCAUGGGGAAGCCUCGCUGAAUCCGUUUCCUGCUUCGCGCCAUUGCGUUCGAAGGCCAGCUCAGAUGGCAACCCGUUUGCUUCAGAGCUGCAGGGAUGCUUGACCCAGAUCCAUCGUGUCGCGAGCACGGUGGUGAGUUCACCAGGCGCAUGCAUUAAGAAACCGCUUUGCCGGCAGCUCGGAG